AUGUCACUAAAUCACGAGGCCAUGCGCGUGGCGUGCGCCGGAAACGGUGGUCGCUCGCGCGCCUGCGACCAGCUGACCGAGGCGGGCAACGUGACGAGAGUCUUGUCGGCAGAGUUGCAGGUCGAAGAUGGGCUCAAUUACGCCAUUGCGGCGGAGCUUGAGUCCGCAGCCAUCGUCUCCUUGAGGGGCUGGACCCAAACGCUCGAGCUCGUCUCCGCCUCGAUUGCUGCAAAGCGUGACGCCACGAGCGUGGCUCUCGGGAACGGCUCCACCCUCGCCCUCGGCGGUGCAGCCUUUGCAAGCUUCUACAGGGCGAGGUUACGCAGCUAUCAUGCGAACAAGGCGGCGCAGACGCAGGCCGACUGGGGCACGGCCCAAAAGCCACUCGGAAUGGGCGCAACCAACGCCAUCAGGUGUUGCGACUCCUUCGGGCUGGACAGAAUGGCGACGGCGAGUGACUCGGCGACGACGGCUGAUCUGUGCAAGGCCAUCGGAGCCCGGCUUGGCGCCGCGGCGCUAUGGGCUCGUCAAGAGCUCUCGUUCGGCCGUGGCAUCUUUCUGGUCUCCGAAUUGACAGCCGCAUCCGACGCGGUGGUCGACGCGGCGCUAGUGCAAGCGGCAACGGCGAGCAGUCAGCAGGAACGGAACCAGCUCAAGGAGAAACUUUGCCAUGCACUAACCGAAAGCGGAUGA